CAGAUGUCGAUUAAUACGGAGAAGGGGACGACUUAUAGUAAUUUGUUCCAAUCCCAGACAUAAACAACGACAGGGAUAAUAAGACUUCGCAACUUAACUUAGUAAACUAAACCAAUUAUAGAAAUGAAAGAAUCGUGAAAUGGAUAUAUCCAUAUAGUAUAUCGCUGACUCAGAUUUACAAAAUGCUUAAUGGUAAAAUAUAUAUCGAGGAAUUAGUUCGCGUAGGAAGGGGGGACGUAUUGGUUCACGUCAGAAUGCACGUAGAAUACCAAAAGGAGUAAUUCAUGUUCAAGCCAGUUUCCAUAAUACCAUAGUGACUGUUACAGAUGUACAGGGACGGGUAGUUUCUUGGUCCUCUGCCGGUACUUCUGGAUUCAAAGGAACCAGAAGAGGAAACACCUUUCGCUGCUCAAACCGCGGUAAUAAAUGCUCUUCGUAAAGUAGUGAAUCGAGGUAUGCUACGAGCCGAAGUAUUUAUAAAAGGUCCCGGUCUCGGAAGAGAUGCAGUAUUACGAGCUAUUCAUAGAAGCGGUAUAUUAUUAACUUUUAUAAGGGAUGUAACCCCUAUGCCACACAAUGGCUGUAGACCCCCCAAAAAACGACGUGUGUAGAAAUCAAAAGUGAACCUAUAUCAAGAGAAAUAGAAGAUUCACUAAUAUACUAAAUCAAAAUUUUUAUGGUUCGAGAGAAAGUAGCAGUAUCUACUCGGACACUACAGUGGAAAUGUGUUGAAUCAAGAAUAGACAGUAAACGCCUUUUUUAUGGCCGCUUUAUUCUAUCUCCACUUAUAAAAGGUCAAGCCGAUACAAUAGGAAUUGCGAUGCGAAGAGCUUUGCUGGGAGAAAUAGAAGGGACAUGUAUCACACGUGUAAAAUCUGAGAAAGCCUCGCAUGAGUAUUCUACCAUAGGGGGGAUUCAAGAAUCGGUACAUGAGAUUUUAAUGAAUUUGAAAGAAAUUGUAUUGAGGAGCAAUCUAUAUGAAAGUUGUGAUGCGUCUAUUUGUAUCAAGGGACCUCGACAUGUAACUGCCCAAGAUAUAAUAUUACCCCCCCAUGUACAAAUUGUUGAUAACACACAACAUAUAGCUUGGUUGACGGAACCUAUUGAUUUUUUUUAUUGGAUUAAAAAUAGAGAGAAAUCGCGGAUAUUUCAACAAAGUGGACCUUCACUUUGACGAUGGAAGUUAUCCUAUAGAUGCUCUCUUCAUGCCGGUUCAAAAUGCAAAUCAUAGUAUUCAUUCUUAUGGGAAUGAAAAAACAAGAGAUACUUUUUUUGGAAAUAUGGACAAAUGGAAGUUUAACACCAAAAGAAGCACUUCAUGAAUCCGCCCGAAUAUUGAUUGAUUUCUUUAUUCCUUUUUUCCAGAUGGAAGAAGAAAACUUAUAUUUAGCAGAUGCAAAACACACAAUUCCCCUACCCCCCCUUAUCUUUUAUAAUAAAAGUGACUACACUUAUAAAAAAAAAAAAGAAACUUUCAUUGAAAUUAAUUUUUAUUGACCAAUUAGAAUUCCCUCCCAAGAUAUAUAAUUGCUUGAAAAAGUCAAAUAUAUUUACAUUAUUUGAUCUUUUUAAUCAAAAACAAGAAGAUCUUUUAAAAAUAGAACAUUUUCAACUAGAAGAUAUAAAACAUAUAUUGGGGAUUCUAGGAAAAUAUUUUGCACUGUAUUGAUUAUAAACUUAGGUUUAAUUAAUAAAAAAAAUAAAUUGAAACAUUCAUGAAUAUGAAUUGACGUGUAUCUAGGAAGAACUUUCAAGAAACGCUUCCCUAGAUACACAAGCUUUGGUUUUUUUUUAAAUUGAAUCAAAACUCCACAAAACAAUUUAAAAAAGACCUAAAGUGAGGGAUUUUUCAAUAGGUAAUGUUUGCACCAAUGCCCAACCAAAAGGUAACUCCGGGUACCAAUAAAAAACACAGUGGUUGCUACUGGACGACGAAAUGGGUUUUGGAAUUUAUUAACAUUCUCUAAAAAAGGUACUGUUAAUAAUCCCGUAGGUACUGAAAGCAUUAAAAGAACACCUAAUAUUUUAUUAGGCACUGUACGAAGUAUUUGAAAUACAGGAAAGAAAUACCAUUCAGGUAAUAUUUCUAACGGGGGUUGCAAAGGGAUUUGCGGGUUCACCAAUCAUUGAGGGUUCUAGAACUGCUAAACCUACAUUACAUGCAAUAGUACCAAGAAUAACUACUGGAAAAAUAUAUAAAAGAUCAUUGGGCCAUGCGGGUUCCCCCGUAAUAAUUAUGACCCAUACCUUUUGCCAAUUUAGCUCUUAAUACAGGAUCAUUCAAGUCAGGUUUUUUUAUUAUUGGGAUAGGUGAAGUCUUAGAGAUCCAUCCCCCGAGGGAACCGGACAUGAUCAUUUUUAAUCAUCCAGCUCGAGCAAGACUCAAACAAAUAAUUAAAAAAGAAUUAAUCAUUAUAUGAAUGAACAAAUACAUUUCUAAAGCUAGGUAGUUUAUAGGUUAUCUUAGAGUCGUUAAGAGUCUUUAUAUUCAUUUAUACACAAAAGAUAAUCUAUGAUAUAGAAAUAGUUCAAUGUAAAAGAAAAAAUUUGUUUUUAUCAAGUGAACCUUCUCUAGUCAAAAAAUUAAAUUUCUUUUCUUAUUUGCUUACGCGUCAAUACUCAAGACCCAAGUAGGCUUAAUUUUCUGAUAGGAUCAAGUGCUUUUUUGGGUCGUCUCCAACCUUAGAAUGCGUAUUUAUCUGAAACUAUUUUCAAAAAGUUUUCAUAUUUUAAGAUACGCAGAAAGGUUUACUUGUUACUAAAAAAAAGUCCAGUUUCUUUUCUUCGUUAGAUCUCUUGUUUCACUCCGAUAGUAUUAUCGAGAUCGGACCAAUGGAGAGGAAAUGACUCCAUUUACAGAUUCUAUAUUAGCGUUUAAAAUGUUAAAUAAAAAUAAAAAGUUUCUAGGAUCUUUUUAUAUUCAAUAUUGGAUUUUACGGAGCCUAAUCAUGUAUAACAUGAUUUUUUAUAUGAUCAUAGAAUAAAUUAUCUUCAAGGGAACCAGCUUAUCCCUCACAUAAGGCUUAUGCGCC